GCAUCUUAGGGAAGAAUGUCGAUGUAAAGCGUUUCGCAACAAGAAUCGCUUGGUUUUUGUUCCGAGCCCGUCCACGUCUCUCUGAGCAAGGAACAUGGAAAGCCACCGCUACACAAGGGCCGGUUUGGUCUUGUUCGUAGUUAUGGUGUUUGCUGGAGCACGGCAUACCGAGCAGGACAGCGGUGACGCAAUCGAUAUGGAUUGCUACAGAAAUGCGUCAUCCCUCAUCGCGAGCAAGGGCUAUCAGGUCGAAGAGUACGAAGUCACCACGAGCGAUGGCUACAUCUUGGCAGUGCAACGGAUCCCGGAGGGAAGAAGUAAUGCACUCAGGAAUCAGGACAGUCCCAAAAAGGUGGUCUUCCUCCUGCACGGAUUACUCGGCUCAUCCGCGGACUGGGUGCUAAACUAUCCACCACAAAGCUUGGGCUUUAUCCUGGCUGAUGCCGGGUACGACGUUUGGCUCGGAAAUGUCCGCGGAAACACGUAUUCCCGUCACGUCAAAUACAACAGGCGCUCGAAAGAGUUCUGGAACUUCAGUGUCGACGAAAUGAUUGAGCGAGACCUGCCAGAAACGUUGGACUUCGUUCUUAAGCGGACCGGACGACAAAAGCUCUUCUUUGUUGGGCACUCACAAGGAACAUCGAUUAUGUUCGGACUUCUUUCACUGCGCCCGGAGUACAGCGAGAAGAUCAAGUUAUUUUGUGCCUUAGGUCCAGUGUCCGCCAUCACGAAUACAAGGUCACCGAUGCGGUACAUGAGUCCGUUCGGCAAAUACAUUGGGGCGUUUGUCAACUCCCUCGGGAGGUACGAGUUCUUGCCAAACAACUUCGUGAUGAAGUUGCUCGUCGACGCCGUGUGUAGGCAUGAAGGCCCACGGGACGUGUGCGGGAACAUCGUCUUCCUCAUCUACGGCCCCGAAACGAUGGAGCUGAACGUGACGCGCCUGCCGGUCUUCCUCUGCCACGUGCCAGCCGGAACCUCUGUCAGAACGAUGGUUCACUAUUCUCAGAUUUUAAUAAGCGGCCGUUUCCAGAAGUUUGACUUUGGUGAAAACAGGAAUCAGUUGGUCUACGGGGCGAGCACGCCGCCGGAGUACGACGUGUCGCGGGUUGCCGUUCCCGUGGCUCUGUUCUGGAGCGAGGGCGACUGGAUGGCUGAUCCCAGGGACGUCGCCCUGCUGCGGCGCCGUCUGCCCAACGUGGUUCUGGACUUUAAAGUCUCCCAACCAAAGUUCAGUCACAUAGACUUCGCCGCCGGGAUCCACGCUAAGGCGCUCGUCUAUGAGCCUAUGAUGAAGCUGAUGGCGAGCUACAAAUCAGCCGGAGAAUAGCCCUCCCUGGUAUUGUUGGUCAGGACCUGGAA